AUGAAUAUGUUGGAUGAUGAAGAUGACCAAAGCUUUCACGCUACGCGUGACGGCUACUCCCAUUUGAGCAAUGUCGAAUGGGAUGCGGUUGAACGGAUGGGUUCAACCAUGGGCAUCCAUGCUGUUAGCGUCAUGCUGGAGGCUCUCAAUAGAGAUGCCCAACAUGCUACUAUCGCCAAGUUCAUUCAAAAUGAACUUGACGCUGAACGCGAGAAAGUAGCCUUGCUUCACCAACAAGGCUCUCAACAAACAGAGUUGUUGAGAGAACAGGGUGCUCAACAGUUUGAACUGUUGAGACAGCAGCAGGCUGCUGCUGGUGGGUCGAUGCACUCGCGUCGACCCGAGACCUUGAAGAUUGACAUCUCCAAGUAUAGAGGAAUCGAAGAGGACUCCCUCUUGAGAUGGUUCGUCGAAUUUGAUGACGCCAUAAGGGCGCGUCGCAUCGACGACGGGGAUAUGCAAGUUGCAUUUUCCCAGUCAAAUCUGGCAGGACGUGCCAAGACUUGGGCACUGGGGCUCAAGUUGCACGACCCAUAUGCGUUUGGGUCGUUAGAAGUCUUCAAGUCGCGGCUCAGACAAACGUUUGAACCGCCUAGAGCUGAGUUCAGAGCUCGAACUGAACUCUUGAAGCUCAAGCAGGGUAAGCGUGAUGUGCACGCUUACGCGCAACAUAUACGACAUCUCACGAGCUGUAUAAGUUCCAAUCCGGUGGAUGAACACACGUUGGUUUCGGUGUUCAUGCAGGGUCUUGCGGAUGGUCCCGUCAAGACUCACCUGUUCCGGCUUGAACUAGAUUCACUAGAACAAGCCAUUUCCAUUGCGGAACAGGAAGACUUCAGUCUGAGACAGGCUCGCGCCAGCUCGACAUCAUAUCGUCAACCGAGACGAUAUGAAAGCGGAGGUCCAGAGCCGAUGGAACUCUGUUAUGUAGAGAGCGAGAAGGCUCGCUCUACAGACAACAAGAAGUUGCAGAGAUGCAACAGAUGUCAAAAGACAGGACACUACGCUUACGAGUGUAGUGCCCCUCGUCCAGUGUCUCGCAACACUGGGCGUAGUGACCGUCCACCCAUUAGAAAGGGGCAGGGACGCGGGUCCGCUGUUGGUCCAAAGACGCAACAACGGGAUGGACCGUCAAAAAACGGUCAGGAUCAGUAUGUGCGGAGCACCCUACUGGUCCAGCAACGUCAAGAGAAUUUGUAG